AUGCGCAAUCCUGUCGCGUGUGUUUCUUGUCGGUCAGCCAAGCAAAAGUGCAUCCACGAAGAUAGGCCGCCGUGCGACAGGUGCAAGCAGAGUGGACGCGCGGACCGCUGCGAAUUCCCAGCACCAGGAACGAGUGCGAUACACCGCAAGCCUAAGCGACCACGGCCAUCCGAAGAUGUAGGAGAGACGCCGACAUCGAAUAACUCGAGUACUACGGUUGUAGCGCCCCAUCAGGGCCGCAAUGACGCACAUCUGCCGAACGGCAACAAUGCCGCACAACAGACGUCGCCGAAUACGGCAUCGUCACUACUCGACGGCCUAGAUCCAUUCGAGCUCCUGACAGACGAGGUCAAGAACAGCUACCUGCGAUGCAGUUACAAAUGGAGUUUCCACCAUACGCCGACCUUGCUGCGCCGGAUACGCGAUCGCACCUUGGAGCCAUGGAUGGCCUGGGCGAUACUUGCGCUGGCCAUCAGAUUCGUCCAGAACCCGCCGUCGCCCUUCACGUCGCAGACCGAGGCCAGCAAUGCGUAUGCUGCCCACGCUCGCCAGAUCUUGCAACAAGACCUUGAGACGCCCUCAAUUAGUCGCGUGCAGGCCUUGUUGAUGCUGACAGGCCACGACUGGGGAGCCGGAAACGGAAGAAGGGCAUGGAUAUAUCUAGGCAUGGCAAUACGCCUGGUUGAGGUUAUGGACCUGACGCGUGAGACUGGCAUACCGCGAAAUCGCGUGCCAACACGUGAGGAGUUUAUUGAGGCUGAAGUGCGUCGACGGACUGCCUGGACGUGCUUUUUAAUGGACUCCCUGCUCAGUGGCGGUAAAGGGCGCAAGAGGUCAUUGACUGCGGCAGACAUGAAGAUUCAACUACCCUGCGAGCGCGAGGACUUUGUCUUUGGAGAGCCAGUAUGCACGCCGCAGCUGGACAAUACACAGCGCAUGCCGCCCGUGGCAUUGCCCUUGGGAGAGCUUGGCAUCAUCGGCUAUAGCAUGCGUGCUGCUAACAUCUGGGGUAAAGUUGCGCGUUGGGCUUGCUCUGAUGAACUCAAGAGCGAACUGCCAUGGGCAUCCUCUUCACAAUUCCAGCAGCUCAUCUACGAGCUUGAGGGCUGGAAGGCCUCGCUUCCUCAGCGCUUGCAGUACGACCUCUUCACAUUGCAUAGUCAUAAUGCUGUCGAACAGGGUCAGGCGUACUGCUACAUGCACUGCAUACACUUCAUGAGUUACAUGUUCCUGCAUCGCGCUUAUCUACCAGUCCUUGGCCCUCAGCAAAAUGGAGCGAAUCCUGAGGAGACACCAAAUUCCUACGAUGAGCACCGGGACAUGUGGAGGAAGUGGGAGAAGACUUCGCGCAAGGAGCUGUUCAAAGACUCAGUCAUGGUCCUGGACAUGCUAGAGGAGAUGCGCACGUUCGGUGUGUAUUUCCUGAGGGGCUUGGUGCCAUGGAUAGGCUUCACCAUUUACACAGCAGUCGGCGCAAUGCUGUACAGUUUCAACUUCCCAAGCGGCGACGACGAUCCUCGCUGGCGGGAAAAGGCGCGUAAGAGCGUGAUACAGGGCUGCAACUUUCUCAGAGAGAUGAAGACACAGUGGCCUAUGGCAGAAACUUGGUACGAUACCAUCCGACGCAUGCAAGCGUACUAUCGCUCUGUACUUGGUCAGGACGGACCGGCAUCACCUGAAGAACGACAGGCCUUGCGACAUGCCAUGAUAGACUAUGGCGCGUUACAGCCUUCACCUGUACAAAAACCAGCAGGCUCACCAAGAGAUGUCAUCAUGUCCAGCAGGUCCCCUUCGCAACAACACAACGACCGCAAACCUAUGAUCGUCAACCUCACCAAUCCGCCCGUCACAAGCCCGUUGCCAGCCACAGCGCCCACGCCUAACAGCUACACUUCCAACUUCUCAUGGAACACCCCUCCAGCGGUGGCCCCAUUGGAAGCUGACGAGACUUUUAACCUUGACUCGUUCGACCUGACAAACGAGGAACUGGAGGCCAUGAUGAUAAAUGCGACACAAGACUUUUGGGCAAGCUUCCCGGGCGAAGUGGGUGUCGGGUAUCAGUAA